AUGGUCGCCGCCCCGCAAACCGUGACGAUAUUUCAUUUUACAGCCUUUGCACUACUGAUUGGCAUGACAUAUUUGUGUGCGGAACUAUUUAUAAGACAGUACACGCAACGUUUAGAUUGGGAUCAAAACUUAUGUCCAGUUUUGAAAGGCAUAACAGUGUCGUUAAUUUUGCAAUAUACCUUAUUUUGUUUACUGAGUGAAACAAUAAUGUAUGUCUCAUUGGUUUAUGGUAUUGGCAUGAUCGGCGUCCAGGAUUUUGGCAGUAUCUCGCCUUUCACAAUGACUGACAACGCCGUAAUAAUAUUUACUGUCUUGUUUAUUCUUCUUUCUGCAGUGUUGUAUUCAUUAACAGUAACUAGAUUAAUACAUAGUGAAUUUCCAUCAAUGAAGUUCAUUUACAUUCAGGGACUAAUUUGCAUUUUUGGGUUUAUAUUGUCGGUUCCAAUUUUAUUGAAAAUAAGAACCGGAUUAGUUAAUGGAUUGCAUAUUACGAUACUGUUUUUGGGAGGGUUGAGAAUGGCUAUUAUCAUGUGGAUAUACGGAGUUAAAAAAUUCUCAACAGAUAUACACUUUUGGCUUGGGUUUAGCCCGACAAAGUUCUGGACUGUGUGCUGGUCUAUUCUUCCAGCGAUGUUGUGGAUAGCUUUUAGUUGCUUAAUGUACGAACUUGCACAGGGGGAAUGUGACGUCGUAGCACGUUGUACAUUGGCAUGGUUCCUGAUUUCAGCUGGCAUGACGUUUGCCUUUCAGACAAGGAUUCUAGUAAUUUACGCCAUGAAAAAUAAUUUAAUGGGAGCCUUUCGAAAUAAUAAGAAGUAUGGACCGUUUGAUAAGCGUGAUCGUAUGCGACGGCGGCAGUAUGACGUGUCUAUAGAUGAUCGGCAAUGUUUUCACGACUGUCUAGCCUUGGAUGAAGACACCGAGUGUAAUCAUAUGCCGCUAAUGAAUAUGGCAGAAGGCCUUUCAAGUGUUGACUCGCAAAUCACACUUAUGCAAAUGUACGAGUCCGCACCAUCAAGAGCGGAAAGUGUUAUUACUAUUCUAGAAAUGAAACCUGAGACAAAGGAGAAGCAGGCUUAA